CGGUGACGUCACGCCCGCCGCCCACAGUUCCAUUUCAGGCAUACAGAAGCCGAGACUUCCGGGGUGGAAGGAAAGUAAAAUGGAUGCCGUUGUGUGAAGACAAGGCCCGUCAGAGCGACGAAUGAUAUAACGAGCUUGUUAGGUCAAAAGGGCGAUUUUCUUUUGUUUGUUAUUUUGUUUUUAAGCGAUACACAAACGGUAGGAAACAUUUUGUCGGCAUCUUGAAUCCAGAGGAGUUUUAGACGGCUUAUCAUGGCUACCAACCUAGGGGAGCCAUUAAAUAACGAGUGGGUUCAGCAGUAUAAUUCAGGCGUUAACAGAGAAAGUGGGAUGGAUGUACCAAUGCAGGAGAAUCCCGAGUGGGAAAAAGCAAGACAAGCAUUAGCUAGCAUCAGCAAAGCCAAUGCUGCUUCAACAAAUAAAGGAUCUGAGAAUGGGCAGGCAAACUCACAGUUUGCUUCACAACAAGGAGAUGCAGCUUUGCAACAGCAACAAUAUUACCAGUGGUACUCACAGUACAAUUACUCCUAUCCCUACAACUAUUAUUAUCAAAUGAAUAUGUACAAUGGGUAUAAUGCGCCUGGGCAGUAUGGAAUGGCUGGAAAUUAUCAGCAGUCUCAAUCAGCUGGACAACACCAAGGAAAUCUUACACAGCCUCCUGUUCCUGGACUUGAAGAUAGCAACAUGUCUUACUCUAAUGUCCAGUCACCAAUUCCUUCAUCUAAUAACCAAUCAGCAUCUCGUCAGCAUUUAAACCACACUAUGGCAAAGGCAUGUAUUCAAGGCGGAAAUCCAGGCAACCAAUCUAAUCAACAGCAUUCAUCCAACCAAUCCAAUUACUGUCAGCCAUCUUUUAACGAAGGACCAAAACCUAAAAAGGGGCAACAGUUGUGGAAUCGCAUGAAACAGGCUCCUGGUUCUGGUGGAUUUAAGUUUAACAUUCAGAAACGACCACUUGUAAUGGCCAACCAGAACUUUGCUCCAUCUGACCAUCACGGUAACAGUGCAGCACAGCAGCAGGCAGCACACUUGCAUCAUGCUUUACAGCAACAGCAGCAACCAAAAUUAGAGAAAAUUGCAGAACAUGGCAGUAAUUCGGCAAAGCCUGAAGAUUGGCCACAAGCUAUGAAAGAGUAUGUGCAACGCUGCUUUACAGCAUGUGAAUCAGAAGAGGAUAAGGACAGAACAGAGAAACUUCUUAAAGAGGUCUUACAAGCCAGAUUACAAGAUGGAUCUGCCUAUACCAUAGACUGGAGUAGGGAGCCCCUUCCAGGGAAAGAUAGUGUGAAAGAGAGCCCCAAAAAGAAGCGAUGGGAACAAGCGGCUUUACAGUCUUCUCGUGGCAGCAGCAUUACCAUCACCCAGUCUCCAAGAGGAGGCAUUAACAGCACCAGUGCAGGAACACUUAGAGGCCGUGGCAGCUUUAUUACUAAGUUUGGAAACAGAAAUGUCUUCAUGAAAGAGUCCAGCACGUCCUCAAGCGCAGGCUCUAGAUCACGAUCAAGAUCCUCCUCCCAUUCUCCCCACAGGCGAUACCGGCGCAGUGGUUCAGACUCUGAUAGCUCAUUUUCUGGUAAUGAAAUUAGAGAAGGAGGUCGCAAAAACUUCCAAAAAGGCCGCGGACGAGGAGGGCACAUGGAUCGAGGGCGAGGGAGAAUGCAAAGAGGCAAAAGAAGUGAUCAAGCCUUCAACAAGAAAAACCGAAAGAAAAACACUGUGACCAUGGAGCUGGAGGACCCAGAAAAAGAAUUUAAGAAGGAAAAGCGUGCAGCUCGUUUCCAGCAUGGCCACGGACCCAAGAAGCUGCGGAUGGAACCUCUUGUGUUGCAGAUCAAUAACAUGGAUCAUAGCGCAUCUGAAAACUUGGACUGGAAUGAGAUAAAAAUUGUCGGCACCUCCCAAGAUAUUACUAAAAAUUACUUGCGGUUAACUUGUGCUCCUGAUCCAUCCACUGUGCGACCAGUGCCAGUAUUGAAAAAGUCGCUAGUAAUGGUGAAAGCAGACUUUAAGAACAAGCAGGACUAUGCAUUUGCCUGUGAACAAAUGAAAUCCAUACGGCAGGAUUUAACGGUCCAAGGAAUUCGUACAGAGUUCACUGUGGAAGUGUAUGAAACCCAUGCACGGAUAGCACUUGAAAAGGGAGACCAUGAGGAAUUUAACCAGUGCCAAGCACAACUGAAAGCUCUAUAUGCAGAGAAUCUUGCCGGGAACGUUGGAGAGUUCACAGCUUACAGAAUCUUGUAUUAUAUCUUCACAAAAAACUCUGGAGAUCUAACAACAGAGCUGGCACACCUGACAAAAGAACUGAAGGCCGAUGCCUGUGUUGCACACGCACUCUCACUUAGAGAAGCAUGGGCUCUUUCAAAUUACCAUCGCUUUUUCAAGCUCUACAGAGAAUCUCCACGAAUGUCUGGGUAUCUCAUCGAUAAGUUUGCUGAGAGGGAGAGAAAAGCUGCCCUUAAGGCCAUGAUUAAAACUUUUCGGCCGGAUCUCCCAGUUUCCUACAUUCAGUCAGAACUGGCCUUCGCGAAUGAGGAAGAGUGCCAGAGUUUCCUGGCUUCUCUAUCUCUGGUGUUUGCAGGGAACGACGCCAGCAAGAUCGAUUGCAAGCUGAGCUUGGCGGUCUUGCCAAACUUCUAAACCAGUCCCUUUUAUAAGUCCUUCCUUUAAUGUGGCGUAGAACACGUUUCAUGCUCACACCAAGUGUGUAAUAGGAUUAUAUGGUCACUGUUUACAAGCGCCUGCCUCUGGAUCAGAGGAUGGAAUGGUGUGGCCAAUGCCUGGGAAUCCCUUUUGGACGGGCGGAUUUGCUUGUCAGAACAGUAGAUUUCAAAGUUCCAUAAAUCUCUGUGAUUUCCUUUAUCUCGGCAAGAAUACUAUAUUUUACUGUGUAUAUAAUUAUAUAUAUAUUUAAUUGUAUAUAGAACGUUCGAGAAUCGCCCUCAAUAAGUCAAAAAAUUAUCUAGUAAACGACAGUAUUAGGUUCCAGUGAUUCUAAAGCAGUACAAUCUGAAAUUUCAAGGGAACUGUAAGGUCUCGGACGCCACUUAGCAUUCAUCAGACAAAGGCGCCAUAUCAGCAGGGUUCAGUAGCACACCCUUCAGAAUACUUGCGCACAGAGACAGGGCUGUUAUGGAAAAGAAUAGUUUGGAAGCAUUGCAGAUGGAAAUAAGUCACACUACCUUAAUUAUAGAGGUCUUGAACACAUUGAUAAUUAUUAAGGAUUUGUGGAUCAACAGCGUUUUCUGUUUUUGUUUUUUUCUUUGAUGUUGAAUCACUUGUUAUUGCCUUUUGACCUGUUCAUGUUUGGAAACUAACAAUGUCUCAGUUUCUUCUCUUUACCUCACUGGUACAAGCCUCUGUCCUCCUGCCGCUCCGAAGUAUCUGAAAGUGGCUCUGGGGAGAAGGCGAUCAAUUCAGAGAUGGGGAGGAGUAAAACGAGCUUCAUUUGCUGCACGGCUGAAAGAAAGACUUUUGCUUUAAAUGAACUUUCCAGAAAGCCCUGAAAGUCAGCAUUUGAAGACAGAAGCUAGAUCAACAAAUGAGCACAGUACCAGCCAUAAGAUAUCUGGAACCAAUUGCUGCUGGAGCCCUCACCGCCUGUGAAAUAAGAGCUGUUUUUUUUUUUACCGUUAAUUUUGUACCCUUUUUAUUUUAGUUCUUUGCUUUUCCUCUUGUCCGCUGCUAAGUGUUACUUUAGUCAUUUUCAGCAGGUAACUAUUAAGUUUGUCCCCCCCACCUUCACAUUCUCUCCUCUUCACCUCUCACUGAUGUUUCCGUAUUUGUUUUGACUCCAUCCCCUCCUCACCACAGUUUUUCUUUUAUUCCCUCCCCCCUUUUCCCAGAUUUUUUUUUAUUAUUUUUUUGGACAUGUGAUGGCCUGGUAAUGUGCAAUAAUAAGCAGAUGCUGGUCAAAUACUCCUUUCUUUGCAGAUAUCUGUUUUAAUUUUCUCCCUCCCUAUAAUAACUGAGUUACAUAUAGGAUGUUCUGUUUAUUGCAAAUAAAUAAAAACUAGAGACGUUUGGUAAAA